AUGGAUGAGAAAUUUUAGCAUCUAGUGCGUGUGAAUGGCCACAGUUGGAGCGGAUAGGCUAAUAAAUAGGCAGUUGCGUGUCUCAUGUCUGCAAGUUUGGCCAUCUCCUCUUUUGAUAUUGGAUUCAGUACCUUAAUAUUCAAGAAUUUGACUUUUACCAAAGAAAAUCUUGCUUUUAAAGAUUGAAUUUCUAUUAUAGGGUUAGUGAAUCUCAAUACCAAUCUUCCUGGGCUACCUGGACUCUGCUGAUAUGGAUUCUACCACAUCUCAAUGUCUAAUCCCUUUAGGCCACUCUAAAAUUAUUCAUCUGGUGAGGCAUGCACAAGCAAAUCACAAUGUAGCAGGAAAGAAGGAUCUUGGUGCAUUAUUAUCUCCAGAAUUUUUUGAUGCUCAGCUCUCCCCAUUGGGCUUGGAGCAGGUUAGCAAUCUCUGCAACUAUGUUAACACAUCUGGACUGUUUAAGAAAAUUGAUUUAGUCAUCACUUCCCCUUUGCUAAGGGCUAUGCAAACAGCAGUUGGAGUCUUUGGUGGAGAAAGAUCGUCAGGUCUCAAGAGCCCACCAAUUGUGGCAGUUGAACUUUGUCGAGAACGUACAGGAGUUCAUCCGUGCGAUAAGAGGAGAACCAUCACCGAGUAUUCAUCUCUCUUCCCUCAAAUUGAUUUUUCACUGAUGGAAAGUGAUGAUGACAAUUUGUGGAAAGCAGAUGUUAGGGAGACUGAUGAGGAAGUUGCUGCUAGGGGCUUGAAGUUUAUGAACUGGUUAAAGACACGCCAAGAGACAGAAAUUGCAGUUGUUACUCACCACAGGUUCUUGCAGUAUACAUUAAAUGCCUUAGCAAAUGAUUUUCAUCCAUCAGUCAGAAGUGAAAUGUGCAAAGAAUUCGUGAACUGUGAGCUUCGUUCAAUGGUCAUGGUUGAUAAGAGGAUGAUGAAUUGCCCAGCAACUGAUGGGAGUGGAGGAAGUGUUUGAGACCUGAUCUUGCUGGUGAUGCUGCAGAAUGGCAUAUGGCAGGAAAUUGUCAUAUGUAAUUAACCUUCCUUAGUUCUUUAUUGUAUUUUUAAGUAAAUUUUAAUAAACUAAUUGAUGAUGAAUUCAGUUGCACUUGUUGAACAAAAGAACCAAAACUCAAUAGUUCCUUGAUUUAAUUUUAGAAGGAACCAUCGAUCAGCACAGGAAUAGAGAACAUUUUUACCA